UAUGAGAAACAGCUUGAACCAGUGGUCCUUCUUUUCAACCUCACUCCGAAAUAAGCGGCUUGGGAUGUUAGAAUGCCGAAUUAACCGUUGCCUAUUGUUCAUUUGACACUGUUGAUACAAUUUUAACGUCUUAACGGAGUGGGUGUAUCAGAAGAGAAAUGUCAUGGAUAACUUGGAGAAGCAGCUGAUUUGUCCCAUCUGCCUGGAAACAUUUACCAAACCAGUGGUCAUCUUACCGUGUCAACACAACCUCUGUAGAAAGUGUGCCAAUGAUAUCUUUCAGGCCUCCAACCCAUAUCUCCCAACCAGAGGGGGGUCCGUGACCUCUGGUGGCCGUUUCCGGUGCCCGUCCUGCAGGCACGAGGUGGUCCUGGACCGCCAUGGGGUCUAUGGGCUCCAGAGGAACCUGCUGGUGGAGAACAUCAUUGACAUGUUCAAACAGGAGUCCACCAGCAGCCCUAGGCCAGCGGCCCCAGAGAGGACGGAGGAGCGGGCCAUGUGCCAAGAGCACGAGAAUGAGAAGAUCAACAUCUACUGUGUGACCCACAGCGUGCCCACCUGCUCCAUGUGCAAGGUGUUUGGAGCCCACAAGGACUGUGAGGUGGCGCCGCUCAAAAGCAUCUACCAGACACAGAAGACAGAGUUGACUGACGGGAUAGCAAUGAUGGUGGGGAACAAUGACAGGAUCCAGGGCAUCAUCAGUCAGUUAGAGGAGACCUGCCGGACCAUAGAGGAGAACUGUAGGAGGCAGAAGUCCCAGCUGUGUGAGAAGUUUGACCAUCUGUACGCUGUAUUGGAAGAGAAGAAGAGGGACUUAAGUUCGAAGUUGGCGGCCAAGCAGGAAGAGAAGCUGAACUACAUCCACGGUUUAACCAAGAAGUAUAAAGAGCACCUGGAGCUGAGCAGUAAGGCUGUAGAGACAGGCAUACAGACCAUGGAGGAGCCAGAGAUGGCCGUCUUCUUACAGACUGCAAAAGACCUACUGAAAAAGAUUGAUGAGGCGUCGAGCACUUCUCACCUGGAUAAGGUGGAGCGUGGAUAUGAGGCGAUGGAUCACUACACCAUCAACUUCUCGAGAGAGGGCAGGGCCCUGCGUAACAUCGACUUCAUCUCCGAUGACGAAGAUGAGUAUGAGGAGGUAGAUGGUGGAGAAGCGGAGGGCGGGGCUGGAGUAGAGACACAGGCUGGAGUAGGAGGAGGAACCGCAACACCUGCCCAGCUUCCAUCCCUGCCCCCUCAACUCAGCCAACCACAGAGCGCAGCCAAGCUUGCUGCCUCAACCUAACCAUCAGCCAUUUGCCCAGACCCACCUAAGCCCCACAGAUACUUUCUGCAGGAGUAGGAUGACGUUGUCUCUACACGCUGAUCUAAUGUCCAUUUUGAGUUUUUCCUCUAAUGCAGGGCUCCCCAAUUGGCAGGCCGCAGGCCACAAAGACUGUAAAAAAACACCAGAAAAUCCGCUCCAAGUGAUUUUAAUUUGGGAAAUCUGUUCCAAAGUAUUCCCAUGCAUAAUAUAUAUAUAUAUAUAUAUAUAUAUAUAUAUAUGAUCGUAUACAAAUGUAAGCAAGGCUUGAAAUGAUAAUGUUUUAGUCAAGUAUUAUGUCUGUUUGGGCUUCUUGCGGUCAAUUUGCAGUCUACAAAUGAUUUGUAAUGAAGUUCCAGCCCCCUGACCAUCUACAGGGGGAAGGUCUUUAGUCAGCCACCAAUGGUCCAAGUUCUC